AUGCCAUCCAACCAUCUCAUCCUCCGCUGCCCCCUUCUCCUUUUGCCUUCAGUCUUCCCCAGCAUCAGGGUCUUAUCCAGUGAGUCAGCUGUUUGCAUCAAGUGGCCAAAGUAUUGGAGCUUCAGCUUCAGCAUCAGUCCUUCCAAUGAGUGGUCAGGGUUGGUUUCCUUUAGGAUGAACUGGCUUGAUCUCCUUGCUGACCAAGGGCCUCUCAAGAACCUUCUCCAGCACCACAGUUCAAAAGCAUCAAUUUCUUCAGCACUCAGCCUUCUUUAUGGUCCAACUUUACAUCUGUAUAUGACUACUGGAAAGACCAUAGCUUUGACUAGAUGGACCGUUGUUGGCAAAGUGAUGUCCUUGCUUUUUCAUAUGCUAUCGAGGUUUGUCAUAGCUUUCCAUCCAAGAAGCAAAUGUCUUCUGAUUUCAUGGCUGCAGUCACCAUCUACAGUGAUUUUGGUGUCCAAGAAGAGAAAAUCUGUCACCACUUCCACUUUUUCCCCUUCUAUUUGUCAUGAAGUGAUGGGACUGGAUGACAUGAUCUUAGUUUUUGAAGGUUAA